AUGCAAUCGUUUCAGGAUAAGAUAGACUGUUUUAUACAGAUACCCAAUAUUGGUAGAGGUAAAAUUAAAUAUAUCGGACCAGUAGAGAAUAAAAAUGGUUAUUUUGUUGGUGUUGAUUUACUUGCAAACAUUGGUAAAAACGAUGGUUCAUUCCUAGGGACAAGAUAUUUUUCAACAGAAUAUCCACAAAGUGGACUAUUUAUUCAAUUUCCAAAAGUUGCUCAUUUAGUAGAGCAAGCAUCGAGAGUCGCGCUCGAGAGUGUACCUGUGACUAGAAAUACCACUAGUGUAGUAAAAGAAUCUCCUAGAAGGAAUCUUGAGGGGCAGUUGCCUCCAGCUACCCCCAGGAGAAGUAUGAUGAUGAAAAAUAAUAUAAAGACAAUGACAAUCCCUGAUCUGAGACCUCAUCAAGAGAUGAUACCUGUGGUGGACCAACAGAAUCAUAAUAAUAACAACGAUGAUGACGAUGAUUCAAUGGAAAUAGAUGCAUUUUCUUCUUCUGUCAUGGUAGAUCAGCCACUGAGUCCGGAACAAAGACAGCAUCAGCAACAAGAGCAGCAACAAGAGCAGCAACAAGAGCAGCAGCAAAAACAGCAGCAAGAGGAUGCUGUUAUGAAGUUAAACAUUCAGCAGUCUAUGAAUACAAUAGAACAACAGCGACAAACUAUUGAGAAAUAUGAAGUCUUACUUAAUGAACAAAGAGUAGUAUUGGAAGAAAUACAACCUAUAAUGGAUGCAUGUGAACAAAAAUCACAACUAUUGUUAGAAGAACGAAAUAGAUUGGAAGAACAAGUAACGUUACAACAAUCUGCUCAACAGAAACAGCGUGCUGAGUUUAUUCAAGAACAAGAACAAUUGAUGGCUGCUGUCGAUAAAUUGAAUGAAGAAAUUAAAGAAAAUGAGAUAAGGAUGUCGCAAAAUUCAACAGCUUCCGAAUCAGUGACCACUGUUCUAACGAGUAAUAAUGACAAUGAAGAGUUAGAACAUCUUCGGAAGUAUAAACAAGAUAUGACAACUGCAAAAGUUAAAUGGGAUAAAGAGAAAGAACAACUACGUAUGCAUAAUGAAUCUCUAAGUAAAGAAUACAAAGAGUUAAAUAAAGAAUUGAUGGCUAUGAGUAAUGAUGCAGGUGCAUCCAAACAAAACGAAGAUUCUGAUAAAUUGAUGAAACAGAUUGACCGUUUAGAACAACAACUUUCUGAUGCAAGGAAGCAAAUCAAAGAAUUGAAGGCAAGUAAGCAUCAAGAAGAAGAGAGGUCUCAAUACUGUGUGCUAUGUGAAAAAUCUGGUCAUGAUCAAUUGCAUUGUCCUUCUCAGUAUGCUUCAACUUAA